CGCUAGCUUGAUAUGCAGCUAGCUAGCAGCUAGGCUAGCUGCGAUGCCAAAUAGCUUCUCAGACCCCUCCUUGGUCAGCAGGAUCACUGGAAAGAGAUAAGUAAUCCCAGAAACUGAUGCCAACUGCUUUCCAACUUUCCAAUACACUUUCCAAACAAAAACCGAGCUCUUCCUCAUUUAACAGAAAGUGAUAAGAGGGGAGGCCAUUAUAUCCAUAAUUUGGCAGGCUAAAAGCAAAAUUGUGGAAUAAUGGAGGGACAAAUGACUAUUCUACUCAAAUCAACAGCUUCUGUUGUGUUCUUCCCCCCUUCUUUAAUAAAAACAGACCUGUGCAUUACUAGUGAAUGUUUAUUUUCAUUAAUGAGUGACAAACGCUCACGUGCACACUCAUGUUCAUAUACACACACUCAUAACGUCACACUCGGCCACACAAAGACAAAAGCCCACCAGCAGGGGGGACCUAUUGUGUCCUGGUGUCAGCUCAAUGUGACCUCUGGCCAUGUGGCCCCUGUUAACACAACAAGAACUAAUCUCAGUCGCUGACCAGGCAGCAAACAAAACACUGGCUGAGGCUGUCGCUGCCUCCGGCGGCACUCUACUCUGCACAGCACUAAACCAGCCACAGCAGCAGAACCAUCUGAGAACUCUCCCAGGAGAGAGGGAGCGAGAGAGGCAGAGAGAGAGGAGUCGAGGAUAAGAUCCAUAAUCCAUGCUGCGACUGCAGCAAAUCUGACAUUGGAAGGAAGAUUGGGGUUGCUUAGCCUUUGUGUUAAAUCUAAAAUUGGGAAAGGAGAGAGAGAGAAAUAACGAUACGGGGUGAGAGAUGAAGAGAGAAAAAAAAUUAAGCGAGGCAGUUGAAGAUCAUUUUAAAGGUGGUAGGAGACUGUCGGGAAAGGUUGCCAGUGCUUGUAUAUGGGUGUGUGUGUGCGCCAAAUGAGAGAGAAUCCGCCCUUACCAGGCAGGGCCGGCCCUCAUCUCAGGUGGGAUGCAGUGGGAGCGCCUCAGCCACAGACGUGAGAGCGAGAAAUGACACACGCAGGCACACACACACGCUCAAAACAGAGACGGAUGUGGAGCACAACGACCUUGCGAGCCACCCGCCGCCCUGAGACAACCACAACAAAAGCAACGCACAGCAAACUGCAGCAGCAUCAGCUCCACCAGCCCAUCCCUUGACAACCCAUGGCUCCAGCUCCCAGCGUGUGCCUGGCUUGACUCCCUGUUAGUUCCGGCUCGCCAUUUUUUGUUAAGGCGCUUAAUGUUUAACCUAUUCUUCAGCAAAAGGACCCUGGGUUCAACUGCAAUUAAGCCUAACCCUGGUCUUUUGCUGCCGGUGAUUGUGUGGUGUCCGUCCAGUGCUGGACUAUUAUGCUCCAGCUGGAAGGCGCAAAGUGCAGUUUCCUGUUCUGCCUGGGAAUAUGCAUGCUCAUCUGCUCAGUCAUCUACCUGAGGGCCAUGGCUGGCACAGAUCCCCAGGGUCAGAGUGGGCCCCUGGGCUGCAGGCCAUUCUCUAAGUACUGCCAAGCUUUCCUCCCCAGCACCAAGGGCUCAACAGCAUGGCAACGCCAUGACUGCCAGGUGGAGAGCUAUCUUCUGAGUAUGGGAAGUCGAGGUGGGGACCAGGACUGCUCCCGUCUGGUGAGGGAGCUUCACUUCAUCACCAGCCCGCUGAGCCGGGAGGAGGAAGACUACCCUCUGGCCUUCAUCCUCACUGUCCACAAGGAGCUGGAGCUGUUGGUGCGCCUGCUUCGGGCCAUCUACAUGCCGCAGAAUGUCUACUGUAUCCACGUGGACGCCAAGGCUCCGCGGGAGUACAGGGAAGCCGUGGAGAGCCUUGUGGGCUGCUUUCCCAAUGUGUUCCUGGCCAGCCACAGCGAGAUGGUGACCUAUGCCGGCUUCUCACGGCUGCAGGCCGACAUCAACUGCAUGAGGGACCUGGCGGCAUCGCCUGUGCCCUGGAGGAAGGUGCUCAACCUGUGUGGCCAGGACUUCCCUGUAAAGAGCAACCUGGAGCUGGUGCGCUACAUGCAGAGCAAGGAGUGGAGAGACAGGAACAUGACCCCGGGCAUCAAGCAGCCUGCGGCUAUGAGUCACCGGACUCAGCUGCAGUACAGGGAAGUCAGGGGCUCCCACGUGGCCCCCAAGCACGGAGGCCCAAAGAAAGGUGCUCCGCCCCACAGGCUUCAGAUGUACUUUGGUACAGCCUACUACGCACUAACCAGGACCUUUGUGGAGUUUGUACUGAGGAGUCACGUGUCCAGAGACCUGCUAGAGUGGUCCAAGGACGCAUUCAGCCCAGAUGAGCACUACUGGGUGACGCUCAAUCACAUUAAAGAAGCGCCAGGAAGUCAUGUAGGAGGCGGCUGGGGUGGCGAGAUCCGGACAAUCAAAUGGAGGGACCAAGAGGGGACAGUACACAAUGGAUGCAAAGGCCGCUAUGUUAGGGACAUCUGCAUCUAUGGUCUGGAGGAUUUGCAGUGGAUCAUCGACAGAAACAGCAUGUUUGCCAACAAGUUUGAGAGCAAGGCCUUCCCAGAAGCGUUGGAUUGCCUGGAGCAGUGGCACAGAGACAAGGUCCUGCAGCAAGCCAUGGUUCCCAUCCAGUCAUGGUGGCAACUUGCCACGCAAGGCAAUGCCACCUCUCUUUUCAAUGCCACGGAAACUGUUUGCGAGGUGAGCAGGGAAGACUUGUUAUUGACAUAUCUCAGUUGUCCGGAAACACUUUGUGGUAAAUUUAGGCUCUGUGUAUCACUAAGAGGCACAGUGGCUGAUGCAACCAUAAUCACUAAAGAAUUCACAAGUCUCCCCCCACAUCAAACAAGGACCUUUACUGACCUGUGGUGCACUUUGAAAGAACCACAUGGGCCACUGUACCAAAGACAUUUGUCAACCUUUACAGAAAAAAACAGACAGCUCUGUGGACAUGGUUGCUUAGAUGUGUUGUAACAACUGGCCACUGUACCUAAGAAACUCGGCAAACCUUUACAAGGGAGAGCAAUACAGAGCUCUCUGGACAUGGCUGCUUAGAUGUGGGAACUUGAAUAUUGCCAGUUCAACAACAACUCACUCACACACUCGAUUACAUGUUAAGAAUAAUCCAUUUAAAAGUAAACUAUUAUAUUGUGUGAUUGCCUAUUGCAAAUAAAGUGGCACUCAUUUUAUGACAGCUUUACAUAUGUUUGUCUGUGAUUGUUAUGUUGUAAAUGUGAACAUUAAGUUAAUGCAUCCACUUCAGAUAACUGACGUUUUUUCUUGUACUGUACCCAAUGAUUUAUGAAAACUUGCUUGACGGGUCAAUGUCCUCAUUGUGGUUUCACAGUCUUGUUUAAUAUAUUAUGUACACACUAUUAGAAUAGUUAUGAAAUACACCUUGUUAUAUUUGGUAACAUAUGCUUGUUUUCCUUAUACUCCAAUCUCAAAAAAUGUAAAACACUGACAAAAGCUCUGACGAAGGCCUUGAGGCUGAUAUGUAAAGCUUAACAAAGAACAGUAAACAGGUGUGUUUGUUAAAAGGUAUAAAUGUUGCGUGUGCUUAUCAUGACCCGUUAACAUUGUUUCCUAUUUGUUUUGCAACUACUACAAAAAUAUGUUAAUAAUUAUUUAAAGUUACAUAAAAAAAAAAUGUCCCACUGUUUUGAUAAUUUCAACUACUGCUAAAUGAUACCCUCUGAGCUUAGUACUGGCAAAGUACAACUGUAUAAUAAGCCAAAUAGGCCUAAACAUUUGCACUGACAUGAAACAUUGUUACAUUGUGUAUGUUGUCAAUUUAAGAGAAUAGGGUACAAUAAAUGUGAAUAAAUGUGAACUGCCACUGACAUCAAACCAUAUUUCAAUUGAUUUCAAGAAAUGUAACAUAUUAAGGGCUUGAAAGUGGAAAUCAUACAGCAUGCACUUUAACGUUUGUUCACUGUAAAGGACGUUUAGCUAUUCACUGAAAUUCCCAAAUGCUUUGAAUACAUUAAACAUUUGUUAUAAAUUCA